AGCGAUAGGUUGAAAAUGGCGGAGUAUAGAGACCAACGCGACAAUUAAAAUAUUAGUAAACCGUGAAUGACAACUUCAAAACAAACGCAAAUUGGAUUUCGGAAUAACUUGAUUUUUUAAGGAGAGAUGGAGUAUAGCUGAACACAUCGAAUUGAUUUAGAAACUGGCUUUGAAUUAGCUAGCAUUGCUAAUCUCGCUAGUUUGAAAAGUGUGAUUUUUUUUUUAUCGCAGAUUUUUUUGUCAACAUUAGCUGACGUUUAGCCACCACCAACAACUUUUCCCUUGCUAGUGUCAAACUACAGCGCCAGAUCACAUUAUCCAUAGCGUGUGGAAGAGACUGAUUCACGGAGCGGCGGAUCCGAAAAGCAAGGCAACCGAACUAGCCAAAAAGCUAGUUGGCUAGCUCACGGCUUUAGCGACUGACAAAUGUUUACAUCUGAAUUAGCCACCUAAUGCAUAGUAAUUGCGCAUCUAACGUGACAACUCCGAUAGCUAAAUUGUAUUGAAAUCGAAUAAAUACAGAAGAGAGUCACCAAUCAACUGAUAAGGGGACUGAUAAACAGGUCCAGCUCGCUCCCGCCUCCCCCAGUGGGAUGGUGCUACAUGACGGGGAGGCCAUGGCGCCGUAGCCCCCUUUCCUGUAUCCUGCCUGCCACACCACCACCGCCACAGCAGCCCCCCCAUGAGUCACUCUCUGGAGCCCUAGAUCAAGUGUGCUGAAGCUCAGAAUGAGUGCUGUAGGGGAAAGGGCCCUGGACCCUGCCACGCCAGAGUCCCGUAAGAGGAAGGGCUCGCUAUGCGACAUCUCAGGGCAGAGUGUGGAGAAGCGGCGGCGGGAGCUGGAGUGUCGUUACAUAGACGAGCUGGCUGAGCUACUGUCUACCAACAUGGGCGACAUCGCCAGCCUCAACAUCAAGCCAGAUAAGUGCCAUAUCCUCAAGAGCACCGUGGACCAGAUCCAGCAGAUCAAACGCCGCGAGCAGGAGAAAGCGGCUCUAAUAUCACCGGAGGACAAGGUGCAGAGGAGUGACAUUUUGUCCAGUAGUCAGGGCAUGGUGGAGAAAGAGGCUCUGGGGCCGCUGCUGCUCGAGGCCCUGGACGGCUUCUUCUUUGUGGUGAACCGCGAAGGCCGGAUCGUGUUUGUGUCAGAGAAUGUGACGGGUUACCUAGGUUACGCCCAGGAAGAGCUGAUGACCUCCAGCGUGUAUAGCAUCCUCCACGUGGGAGACCACAAUGAGUUCAUCCGCAACUUGCUGCCCAAGAGUCUCGUCAAUGGGGUGCCUUGGCCCCAGGAGCAGGGCCGGAGGAACAGUCACACGUUUAACUGCCGGAUGCUGAAGAGGCCUCCUGACGAGGUGGACUCAGAGAACCAGGAGGCACGCCAGCAGUACGACAUCAUGCAGUGUUUCACUGUCUCCCAGCCCAAAGCCAUGCAAGAUGAGGGAGAUGACCUGCAGAGCUGCCUGAUCUGCAUAGCCUGCCGGAUGCCCCGACCCCAGCAGCUCCCCGCUAUCAGCACUGAGUCCUUCAUCACCAAACAGGACCCCACAGGGAAAAUCAUCUCCAUAGAGACGAGUGCUCUGCGGGCGACGGGGCGACCAGGCUGGGAGGACCUGGUCAGGAAGUGCAUCUACGCAUUCUUCCAGCCGCAGGGCAAAGAACCCUCCCACGCCAAGAAGCUGCUCCACGAGGUGAUGACCCAUGGCACGGCUAUCAGUCCUCUUUACCAGUUCAACCUGAGCGAUGGGACCCCCCUCAGUGCUCAGACCCGCUGCAAGUUCUGCUGCCCCCCCAAAUCCGACGUUCAGCCCUUCAUCAUGGGCAUUCACACUAUUGACAGGGAACACAACACUGCUAGCUCUCAGGAAAACACUAACUCCAGCCUUCUACUGACCCAUGGGAGCCCUGCUUCCUCCCAGCCCUCCCGCUCCCCUGCCCUCACCCCGGGCAUUGAGGCCAGCCAAGCCCCAGGCCCCACCUCGAGCCUCCAUCUCAACAAUGGAAACAGCUCCGGCACCACCGCCCCCACCACACCCACCAACCAGUCAGCAGGGUACCUGACGCCCAACCGGUUGUGUCCUCAGCAGGUCAACAGCCCCUCACCCCUGGGCAGCCCCCUCACAGCCAUCCCUACCUCAUUCAUGUCGCCCAAGCCCCCCAGGGGCAGUCCGGGGCUGGGCGGCAGCCCGCGCGUCCCAGGGAACCCCUUCUCCCCUUCCACCCCUGGCCUGAACACUCCGGCAGGGGCCCUAGGAGGUGGUGGUGGCGGGGGCGGUGGAAUCCUCAGCAGGCAGCACUCUGGUGGGGACGGUGGAGCAGGGACCCCCUUAGGUUUCUCCCUGCCUUCCCCUCUACCUCAGAGGAAGGCCAGCACCCCCACCAACUCCCCAACGCGCCCUCCCCCUGCCAAGCCCCCUGAAGGAAGAGGAGGAAGUGGGGGAGGAGAGUACCUGGGGGGUAACCCCAAACUCAACCAGCUCCUGGACAAUAGCAGAGUGGGGCCGCCUGGGGACCCCAACAACACUGCUCCCCACCCCAACACACCCACCUCCACCCCUCAGUGCCCGGCCUCCCACAGCACGCUGACGGAGCGCCACAAGAUCCUUCACCGCCUCCUGCAGGACAGCAGCCCAGCCGAGGGCGGCAAUGGCAAGGAGUCUGAGAUCAAGAAGGAGCCUCCUGCCAGCCCUGCCACCGCCAACCCCAACGGACCCCCCAUCACCCCCCAGGACCACCAGCUGCUGCGCUUCCUCCUGGACACGGAUGAGAAGGACCUGAGAGACCUGCCCCCUCCGGCCGCUCUCAGCCUGCAGACGGUCCGGGUCAAGACUGAGAAGAGGGCUAGCGGGGAUACCACGCCCUGUGCUGCAGCCUGUGCCAGCCCCAAGACCAAACCCAGCCCUGCAGACAGCAGGCUGUCCAGAGACCCGUUUCCCAGUGGACCUGCUGACCUGGACCCUCUCAGCCAGCUGCUGCCCACCCUCAGGGGCCCCGCUGGGGCCAAGCAGGGCAGCGAGGAGAAGGGUGGCCCCCUGGCCCUGUCGUCCCAUAGCCACCAGACCCAACCUCAACCUCGGCUCCAGUCACCUCCACAGCCUCGGCUUCAGUCCCCCUCCCAACCUCAACCCCAACUUCAGUCCCCUACUCAGGUCCAGCCUCAGAACCAUCUUCAGUCCCCUCUCCAGUCCCCUACCCAUCUCCAACCCCAGAACCAGCUUCAAUCCCCUACCCUACUCCAGCCCAGCGAGGCCAACGUUCCCAGAGCCGUGAGCGUGAAGAGGGAGCCUCCCGGAACACCAAGCCAAGGGCUUACUGAUGGUUCCUCCAGCCUGCAGAACCAGUCACACUUUGAUUUCUGCAGCCCCACCACCCCCAGCCAGGGACAGGGACAAAGGGAGUCCUUCCAGACACCCAAAGACAGCAGCAGCCCCUUCACAGAGCCUGGACUCAUGAACUCAUUCAACUCCAACACCGGGUUGUCUAAGAUGGAGACGGACUCUCAGCAGUUCCAGCCCCUGGCCCUGACUGACUCUCUGUCCUUUGAUGGAGGCAUGGGAAACCCUGUGCAAGCCUCUCUGGCCUCCCCUCAGGAGCAGUGUGUCCCGUGUCCACUGGAUGAGCUGCUGUGCCCCCCCACCACCCCAGAGGGUCGUAACGAUGAGAAGGCCCUCCUGGACCAGCUGGUGUCCUUCCUGAGUGGGACGGACGAGAGCGAGCUGGCAGAGCUGGACCGAGCCCUGGGCAUCGACAAGCUGGUGCAGGGCGGCUGCUUCGACCCCAUCCCUCAACGGUUUCCCUCCCAGCCCCCUGCCGCCACCCCCAUCUCCAUGGACCCCAAGCUGCCCAGCUACCCCUCUCAGUUCAGCACCGGCCCCCCUGCCCAGUUCCCUCCAGAUAUGGCAGGGGGGCAGGGUAUGGGGGGCUUCGGGGCACCCAGGGGGACCUUCCCUGGGGGCAUGACGCUGAGGCCUGGCAUGGGCAGAGCGCCUGGCAUGGCCAAUCAGCUCCGACUGCCACCCAACCAGCUUAGGUUACAGCUGCAACAGAGGCUGCAGGGCCCACAGCAGCUGCAGAACAGGCUGGCUGCCAUGAGCCAGUUCCCAGGGGGAGCUCACAUUGCCAUGGGGAUGCGUCAGGGAGUGCAGCAGCCUCAGAUGCCCUCUCAGCCUCCUCUGAACGCCCAGAUGCUGGCCCAGAGGCAGCGGGAGCUCUAUAGCUUCCAGCACCGCCAGAGGCAGCUCCUGCAGCAGAAGGUCAUGUUGAUGAGGCAGGGCAUGGGGACCGGGGGGCCUAUUGGGGCCACCAGGGGACAAAAAGGACCCCAGCCACAGCAACAACAGUUUAGCUACCCUCCAGGCUACAGCCCCAUGUCAGGAAACCCACCCAGCACCCCCUGCCUAUUCAACCCCAUGGGAGGGCCCCUGGACCCCAAGCUGUCGGGCCUGGCCCCCUUGGGCAGCCAGGCAGCCAUGAUGGGGGGGAUACAGGGACAGUUUGGGGGGGGAGUGAACUCGGCGGUCCAGGCUGGGCUCUUCCAGCAGUUUGGAGGACCAGGUAUGGUCCAGCAAGGAGACCCCUCGUUCCCUCCAGAGCUCAGCCCCACCAGCCCCCUGCUGUCCCCUCAGAACUCCACCUCCCAGAGUCCUCUGCUCCAGCUGGCCCAGCCUCCUCCUGGGUACCAGUCACCUGACAUGAAGAGUUGGCAGCAAGCUGGCAUGGGCAGCAACAGCUUAUUCAGCCAGUCUGGUCAGACGACGCCCCAGGCCUUUGGGCAACAGGGGGUCUACAACAACAUGAGUAUCACCGUGUCAAUGGCAGGAGGCUCAGGGGGGGUGGGCUCGCUACCUCCCAUGGGACCACCCGUUGGCCUGGGCAACAGUAACCUUGGCAACGUCAGCUCCAUGUGUAACGAUCAGGUACAGCAGGUUCAAGUGUUUGCCGACGUCCAGUGUACGGUGAACCUGGUGGGCAGCGACUCCUACCUGAACCAGUCGGGGUCCAUAGGCCCCCAGAAGAGCCCCCAGGGGCCUCAGAGCAGCCAGUCCCAGCAGAAGAGCCUCCUCCAGCAGCUCCUCACAGAGUGACUCCUCAGCUCAGCCGCCUGCCAGGGGAAAGGUUCUCCGCAGACCACCAACCUCUUUUCUUUUUCACCUUUGGUUUUAGACAGCUACCUGCCGGACUGGUUAGGAGGGCCCUAGGAGGGAGACUGAGGUCCAGGUAACAGCGUGUCUGUCUACCUGCCUGACAGCCUCAGCCCGUACCGUAAGACCGCAACGAUUGUUCAGCACUCAUUCCUGGUUACCUACUUUCAACACAAAGUCUGCUUCCUGUGCUGAGAAAGGAAUCAGGUUCCGGUUUUGCAAAGUCGUCGCGGUCGUCAAAACAUGACCUGGUUCUUGAUUGGCCCGUUCCAUCAGGCCGUCGCAGCAGUGCGUUUUGGGAGUGCGAGCAGCGUGCAGCUGAGCUCAGCUUUGGGUGGUUAACCCGUCGUCUCGCCUUUUUGCCUCGCGCGGGGCGGGUGGGGAGACGUUGUGGGGACAACGUUUUGGGAAUGUUCGGUUUUUAACCUCUGCAAUGGGAAGCUCAGUUUCAGCUGGAUCUGUGACUGACUGGCUCUCUCCACUGCAGUGCCUGAUGGGAGGAAAUUCCCAGCUCUCGUUUUUGUUUCUCUGUUCUCGUCGUCUGUGUCGUCAGGACAACAAGCAUCACGGCCAGGAUGGGAGACUGCUCUGCUCAGUUGGCAACACUGUCUUUCCUGGGAGGGCAUUUUCAAACUACCAGACUGUCAAACUAACUGCCUGUCCUACAAAUUUUUCUCCCCAGCAGCUGUGAAUACGAGCCACAUUGGGCUCUCUUUGGCCGAUCAGUGUUUUUUUUGCCAUGUAGAACCGUGCAGCUGGGUAAUAUUGUCCAGCAAAGAUGAGAUGUGUUCACACCAUCUACUUUCCUUUCAAAGCGUAAUUUAAUUACUCUAAAAAGCAACUGUCAUUUUGAGCUCAAACUACACAUUGUGAUUCAUUGCAGGUUUUCCCCCCCCUUUUUACAAAAUUGGAGAGUCUAAUAUGUCAGUUAUCAUUUUUUAAGGCGAUGUUUGGCAUUCUGAAAAUGUAACACUGCUAAAUGUUGUUGUGGUGGGGAAACUGGCUCUGUGUUCUGUAAUUGUGAAAAAAGAAAAUCUUGGUAUAAGAAUUUUUGCGAUUUAUUUAGAAAUGGCUAGCUCUGCUCUUUUGGCAUCCCAUUGAAUGUUUCAAUAUCCUUAAACUAACCUAAAAAAAAACAAGAGUGGGUUAUCAAUAUUACACAAUGACAUGAAUAUGUUGUAACUUGUAACCGUAGUAUUUCCUCACUAAGAAGUGAUGGAUGUUGAAUGGGGUGUUGUCUUGGAAACACAGUGCUCUCUCUCCUCCAACUCUGCCCGUGAUGAUGUCACUCCACUGGCCGCACACUACAGCUCUUUUUGACUGCUCAUGUGACUACUGUUGCCCGGUCAGACACUGUCUAUCAGCGCUAACCUCUGUUGAUAUUUACUAUACAUAUUCGUUCACAUAAAGUCCUGCCAACAAACACAAUGUUUUUAUGGGGGUAAACAAACAAGAACCUAUUAACAAGCAAUAACCAUAAUUAAAGAGACAAAAGAAAAGUUUUGCGACGUUUUAAUGAUAAUUAAAAAUCAAGUCUACUUUGGCUUUUGGCUUUUCUGCUCUAUCCCGGGUAUCUGUAUUUCUGACUAACAAGGCUUUCUAAAGGAUAACUGUUAUGAUCCAACUAGAUGUCUCACUGCUGUGUGUAUAUACAAGGUAUUUCACAAAGUGUGCAACAUUACCGAGCACACCUAAUAACCGAGGAGGGUUAGGGAUGAUCAGUUGAAAUAGCAUGCAUGAUCACCAUCCUCCUUCUGAGACCUCAAACUGAACGCCAACUCAAACUGAACGCCAAUGUUCUAUGAUUUGUGAAUCACUUUGUGUACAGUUUCAAUGGCGUCUGUGCGUGUGCUUUAUACUGUACCCAAACAGUGGCUCAGGCAUCCUCACCAUACAACUCAACCUGAAAAUGGCAUCAUUUCGUGUGAUGUCGAUUCCAGUUGACAUGAAAAGCUGGUAGCAAUUUACAAUUUGGAUACUUUUACAGAAAAAAAAACAUUUGUGAAACAGAUAAACCUUGAUUUUACAUACCAAUUGUUCCUGUGUAUUUUAAGACACGUCAAAUGUUGCUUUGCUUUUACCCUAUUGCAUAUAUAAUUAGAUGACGUAUUUCAGUUUCUUUCUCUUCUGAUAAUGUUACAUUUUUAUUUUCUAUUUGAAAGGGCCGUUGGCUAACAGUUAGUAUUUAUCAAGGUUAAAACCAUUCCUGAGCCACUGUUUGGUUUAUGUAAAUAAACAUACACUUUACAAAACACACGGAAGAAACACAAAUGAACAGAAUGUUUGUGGAAGGAUUUCAUUUGUUUUCAGUAUACAUUUGUACUAUAUGGGGUACAAGCUAAAGGUUUCACACUCACAGAAGUAUUACAAAGGAUACAUGUCCCUUUCAUCUUCUUCACAUUCCUGUAUAAAUAGUGGUAAUAGAACUACAUCAAAUGUAGAUGUUAAUCUGAUCUGUUAAUAUCAACUGUUUAUCAUUUGGGAUAUAAUAUGCCAAAUUCAAAGCACCAUUAGACGAUGCUCAUUAACAAACAGAUAUUAUUUUAAGCAAGAGCCGCUCAAUGGCAAAGACAGUCCAUUCAGUACAGGUACAAGGUCAAUAUUUGAACUGGUUCUUCAACAUGUUAACAUGUAUAUAACAGACAAUGUGAAUAUGUAUUUGUUCAGAAUCAACAAAAUGUAGUGCUCCAAGUUUGUGGUAUUAACUACUCGCUUCCAUUUAUUUUUUUGUUUUGUUUUAUGUAUAUGACUGUCUGAGUGUGUGUAUGUAUGUGAUUUAAUACUGUGUAUCUGGUGUUUAAGAUGGAAACCGAUAAUGUCCGGAUUUGAUUUAUCCUUCGUUUUAGAUACCUGCAAGUUUUCCUGUGGGUGUUAUUCAGAUUGCUCUUUAUGUGAGAGAAUGGUUUAGCGACUGCUGAAUGUGAUUUUACUGAGAGAAGCAGCGUGGAUUGGCUUUUGUACGGGUUAAUUUAAAAAGGCCAUAUUAUUUAAUUUAUCUGUUAUCAAAAAGUUUAAACAGAUCUGAGAAAGUGGAACCUUGGAUUCUGAGAAGCAUUGCUUCGGUAGUUAAGUGGGCUUUUGUAGAUCGUCUCAUUGUAGUUUUUGCAUUUUCAGAAGUAAUGACCAAAGCUUCAAGAUGUUUAAUUCAUAUCAUAUGCAAGCCUCAUGCAAUUGAUUGAGACAAAAUGUAGCGUUUGUUCACUUUUCUAAAAGGGAAUAGUCUCAUACCUAUACAUACUAGCUCCUCUUUGACCACAGUACUAAUUUGUGAUAGUUUGUGCUUUGCAUGUUUGUCCUUUAUUUCCUUUUCGACACGAUUUGGCCUAAGAGCUAUAGUAUUUUUAUGUAACUUGUAUUCUUUGGAAUUUCCCAAAGUAUGAUCAGUUAGAAACGUUUUCUCCCUGUUGACAUUGACUCCUAGCAAAGAUGCAAAAAGUAAUGUAGGGCCUGACGUGCUGUCGCUGUUUACAGGAAGAGAGAACGUUGCAACAGCUAGCUAUGCACCUUAGCGAAAAGCAUUUCUUUCACACUGAUUUAAGUAUUCAAAGCCACACUAGAAUCUGAAUCAAUUAUUAAAAUCAUGGUAUUUUCAGUAAUUAGUUUCUUGAAGAGAAGAAAAUAACUACCUAACUUACUUUCGUUUUUUUUACUUAAACUAAUGUUGUUGAUAAUUGUCUGAACUUGUGGGUCUGAUCAAUCAACUGAAUCUCAUAAAAAUAUUAAAAUGUAUUUAGCUGAAUACUUUAUACCAAAUUUGAGGUGCCUCUUGUAUAUAUUUUCUGCAUAGAGGACUGAUCCUUGCUGUUUGAUGAUAAUGUUCUUGUUAAUGAGGAUUUUCUUAUCUUUACCUUUAUAAAAACAAGUUUGCUGUAUUUUACAUUACUUUUUUACUAAAUAUCUAAAUAUUCCAGGAAUUUGCAAGCAAUACAAUCUAGUUUUGCACUUUAUAUCAGAAUUAUUAAGAGGAAACAGGCCAUCAUGAAUACUGCUCAUGUUCAAAUCAGAUUACUAUUUCAUAAUUACGAUUAUGACGAAAAAAAGAAAUCCCCUAAAUGUAAUAGAAAGUAAAAUAUUGAUUUUACUUUUCUUUAGUAAUCCUAGUAAUUUCUCAGGUUCUUAAAAACAAAGAACUUGGUUGUAUAGCCCAUCAAUAUGAUGACAAAAGAGAAGUGUACAUUCUCUACUACUAAUCUAUGUAGUUUCAGUUCUCUCUGCCACAGAUCCUGUAUCUAAACUAUGCCUAUCUUCUUCAGGUGAUCCACUGCCCCUUCCCUCGGCCAUCAGCUAACUAACGCGCUUACACUCAUACGUCUUGUCUUGCAGCAGCUUUAACUGUUGAAAACAUUCCCCCUCAGCUAUGCUCCCUGAAAUAAUUGUUAUGUUUCUAGGCUUAGUAAUUCCUACCAAGCAGUAACAGCCCUACAUACGUUUACUGCUAUCCCUUUCGCAUUUCUUCACCUCCUUGUCACAUACUGUCUAAUACAGAAGUAACAUCCUUAGAUAGUUAAGAGUACUGCACUCUACCCUACACAGGUAUUACCUCUCAACUGUUAGAUUAUUGAAGCAACUGUUUGCUGAUGAUGUUUGUCAAUUAUUGUAAGUGCUGCCUUAUCGAGACUGAAGUUGGUUGUGGUUGGAGAAGUCAAAAGUUUGUAUCUCGCCACUUGUAAGGGCAAUGAUUUCUUAUUGAAACAAGGUUCCACUUUUUCCCCUGUAAAAUUAAUAUAAAUAAAUAUAUAUAUAUAUAUAUAUAUAUAUAUAUAUAUAUAUAUAUAAUACAUUUUACACAUUUUGUCCAGUUUUGUUUAUUAUACUUGUGUAAACUUGUUUUUAGAGAGGAUUGGUGCAGCUGUGUAGGACAAUAUGAAUGAAGUAUCUGGAAGAAUUAUGCAUGUUUUUAUUUCUGUGUCCAGGUGUAAUACCUGGGAUAAAUCCUACCUUUUCUUAGGACAUCGUAAACAAUCAGUCUCAGGCUGGGUCCAGUACAAACUGUUUUUGCAUCUACUGAAACAGUCUUACUUGUCUGUCCAUUUUUUGGGAGGUAUGUGGCUGCUCAGACUGGGAUUAGUUCAAAGUUUACACACUUCUACACAUACACAAACACCUCGUGCGUUCGGUCCCUCUGUUGCUUUUCCAAGGUGAAGAUGCUGACCUUGAAGGAAAUGAUGCUUUGACUAACAAAUCUAUAACAUCCAUGAAUGUGAGAAUGCAACACAUUGCAAUAAAAGCACCAUUUAAAACAG